AUGACUGGCUCGACGGCGACCACACCGGAAGUGCGGCCCGACAACCGGAAGUCGGGGGUCUCCGUCGGGGAUGGUUACCUGACAGGGGCCAUUCGCUCCGCAUGUGGCCGCCCCCUCCAAAAGAUUGUAGGAGGAAUGGACGCGGAAGAGGGCAAGUGGCCCUGGCAGGUGAGCGUGCGGAUCAGAAACACGCAUGUGUGCGGAGGGUCUCUCAUCACCGCCCAGUGGGUGCUCACCGCAGCCCACUGUAUUUUCAGCCAGUUCCAGUACACGGUCAAGAUGGGAGAUCGGAGUAUUUAUCCAACGAAAAGGAGUCUGGUGGUUCCCAUUCACCGAAUCAUUAUCCAUCCUCACUUCUCCACGACCUCAAGCGUUGUAAACGACCUGGCCCUCCUCCAUCUCCUCCACCCCGUGAACUUUACCACCACCAUCUACCCGAUCUGUGUCCCUGAAGAAGCUUUUAGGGUGGAAGCUGGGACUAGGUGUUGGGUGACCGGAUGGGGCAAAACCCGCGAAGGUGGACCUCGGUCAGAAGUCCUCCAGGAGGUGGACCAGGAACUGAUUCAUUACGAGGAAUGUAACCGGAUGAUGCAGAAGGCCUUGUCAUCUCAGAAAACACUAGUCAUGAAAGGCAUGCUUUGUGGCUAUUUGGAAACUAUGAAGGAUUCUUGUCAGGGUGACUCUGGGGGCCCCAUGUCCUGUGAGUUGAAUAACACGUGGCUGCAGGUGGGAAUCGUGAGCUGGGGUAUAGGCUGUGCCAGGAAAGGCCACCCGGGAGUGUACACUGAUCUUGGCUUCUAUAGCAAAUGGGUAAAAGCGGUGGUGAACCUGGCUACCUGUCUUCAUCCAAUGCUCUUCCUCCUCUUGCUCCUGCUGCUUCUGCUUCUGUGA